AUGGGAAACGUCAACAUAUCUCCAGCUUCCUGCUUCCAACUCUGUUCACCACCCAAAUCCGUCUCACUCAUCUUCUGGGACGGCACAACCACCGCCCUCGCCCCCUCCGGCCGCCGCCGCGGCAAGCUCAUCGCCGGCCAAAUCAUGGUAGAACAUCCCGACAAGUUGGUGUGCAACUCGGAAUCCUUCUUCCUCGGCCACCCGAUCCCCGCCUUGUCCAUCCACGACGAGCUCUUGCCCGGUCAAACCUACCUCGUCCUCCCCGUUGACCUCUUCGCUUGCACCAAAGUCCUAAGCGCUUCCUCUCUCGCCGCCUUCACCGCCGCUGCCGCCGGAAGCCCUAACAACAAGACCCCGCUGGUCAACGGCGGGUGCCAGCCGCUUCAGUACCUAAAAGGGUCAAACGGCGGCGUUUUGAUCAAGGUGGCGCCCGAGUUUAUGAUCAGGCUCCUGUUGAAAGUUGGGAGAGAUGAAAACGGUGAGGGGAGUAACGGUUUUUCUUUGUAG